GGUAAACGGCCCCCUCCAGGUCCGAAGGGAUCCAGUGCCCAUCUACCGACUCCUCCCGGUACUCUACUUCCUCAAUCAAGACCAUAGGAAAUAGGAGACGAGAAGUUUUGAGAACAUCCACAAGAUAAACACUAAAGCAGGUUCGAGCAUAUGGGAAAGGAGAAGAAUGAUUUGUUUGGCAACUUGGCAAGACACUUUGGAAGCUAGACGAUGUUUCCUCGUGUUGCAAGUGGACUCAUUUGGAAAGGUUAUCAUGCGCCAUCACAAAGAGAAGCACUGUUUGCACUUAAACUACUUCACUUUACUAAGAACUCAAUUCAAUCAAUACAAAGGAGGUGGUAAGAAGAAUUGGGAGGAAGAAGACUUCUUUUGUACUUGAUUUAUUAUUUGAAAUGAGGAUGUGAAGGCUAUUAAUGGUGUUUUUGAGUUUCCCUAAUGGAAGGACACAAUGCCUCGUUGUAUAUUAUAAAUUGACAGACAACUCCUCGCCAAAGUUGUUACAAUCUAUACUAAUUUUCCUGAACUAAUUUUUUUCUUCUUUAGAAUACCAAGCCAAUACCAAAGGGGGCUUAGCCUAGUAAUCAAUAUCAGGUUCCUUGUAACACUCUAGUUUCUUUAUUUGCUAAAUCUCAAAUUUUAAGCCUUAAAUACAAGAUCUUAUAAGUAAUUAAGUACUCUUAAAAGAGUCCAACAGCUGUAGCAUUUAUUAAACCAUCAUAUUUAUAAGGCAAGUAGCUUACAAGUAGCUUACAACGCAAAGCAUGAGAAAUCAAACAUGAAGUGAUGAGUUGUAAGGGCUGGAAGUAUGUGUUGGCAAGCUAUUUGAUGACUAAGCAAGUCUACUAAGCAUGAUAAAGCAAGCUAGUUAUGAGUUGUCAAGGCUAGAAGCAUGUGUUCCGAAAAAUCAUGAUGACAAGCAAGAGCUAGAAGCUUGACAAACUAAAGCUAGAAGCAUGACGUGUCAAGAUUCCUUUACAUGAAGCAUGACGUGUCAAGAUUCCUUUACAUGAAGCAUGAUAUGUCAAGAUUCUCUUAUCUUAAAAUUGAGGUGUUAGACUCUCAUAAGAGUACAAUUAUUGGGAGCAAGAAGAACAAAUAGCUAAUGCAAUGAAUUUACCUAUAAAUAGGGGUUGAAGCGUUACUGUUAGCUCCAUAUUAAAAGUAAGAAAUCUCUCUCUUUAUACAUAAUCAAGCUUGAAGAAAGGAAUUAAGGGAAAAGCUAGGCACAAUCAAGGUUGUGAGAGCAAGAAAGAAAGACACUGGAAAAGUGUAUGCCUUAAAGAUCAUGGAUAAAAAAUUCAUAACAAAAGAAAAGAAAACUGCUUACGUGAAGUUAGAGAGGAUUGUAUUGGAUCAGCUGGAUCAUCCUGGAAUUGUGCAACUUCAUUUUACAUUCCAAGACACUUUUUCACUAUACAUGGCGCUUGAGUCUUGUGAAGGUGGAGAACUUUUUGAUCAAAUAACCAGGAAAGGUCGUUUGACGGAGGAUGAAGCUCGCUUUUAUGCAGCUGAAGUUGUAGAUGCUCUUGAAUACAUACAUAAUUUGGGUUUGAUACAUCGAGACAUUAAGCCAGAGAACCUGCUUCUUACGUCAGAAGGACAUAUUAAAAUUGCUGAUUUUGGAAGCGUAAAGCCCAUGCAAGAUAGCCGGAUAACGGUCCUUCCAAAUGCAGCAUCAGAUGACAAGGCCUGCACGUUUGUUGGAACGGCUGCAUACGUUCCUCCAGAAGUAUUAAAUUCUUCUCCUGCAACUAUUGGAAAUGAUCUCUGGGCACUUGGCUGCACCUUGUUUCAGAUGCUAUCGGGAACUUCUCCAUUCAAAGAUGCAAGUGAGUGGCUCAUUUUUCAACGAAUUAUAGCCCGAGAUGUCAGAUUUCCAGAUUACUUUUCUGAUGAUGCCAGAGAUCUUAUUGAUAAAUUAUUGGAUACUGAUCCCGCAAAAAGACCCGGUGCAGGACGUGAUGGUUAUGGCUCGCUCAAGAAUCAUUCUUUCUUCCGAGGAAUUGAUUGGCGUGAUAUAAGGUCACGGAGCCCUCCCAGGCUUGCAUUAGAGACGAAGGGUCACACCAGUGGUCACUCGAGUGGGGGUGAUGACACUCCAGAUUCAUCAUGGAACCCGACGCAUAUUGGUGAUGCAGGAAAUACCAUUUCGGAUGUCACAUCUUCCUCCGACACAGGCCAUAUAACUAAACUCGCUUCAAUAGACUCUUUCGACUCAAGAUGGCAACAAUUUUUGGAGCCAGGUGAAUCCAUUCUUAUGAUCUCGAUGGUGAAGAAGCUGCAGAAACUAUCAAGCAAGAAAGUACAACUGAUCCUAACCAACAAACCGAACUUGAUAUACGUGGACCCUUCAAAGCUAGCCAUGAAAGGGAACAUGAUCUGGUCCGAUGAUCCCAAUGAGCUUAGCGUCCAGGUCACUAGCCCCACAAACUUCAAAAUUUGCAUCCCAAAGAAAGUUAUGUCGUUUGAGGAUUCAAAACAGAGAGCAUAUCAGUGGAAAAAGGCAAUUGAGGUCCUCCAAAACCGGUGAUUUAUGUUUGAUUUGGUUUGUUACACAUUCUUUUCAUGUAACAUUGAUUGAUGUUGGACCUUGGGAGUCCCAAAAACAGUUGCAUUCUCCUGAGGAUUUUGUUUUAUUUAACAAAAAAUUGAUCCAAUCUCACAACUGGUCUCUUUACCCUGUUU